AUGGCGCCCAAGAAGAAGAAGAAGCGCGGACAAAGCGCUGGGCGCAAGCAGGCGGGCGAGAACGCUGAGGUCCCACUCUCCGAGCGCGCGCAGUACCUGCAGCGCGAGUACUCGCUGCUCUCAGAGAAACUGGUGUCCUGUGAGCAGCGGGUGGACGAGGUGCUGCAGAACAAUAAGUUCCUGGACAGCGAGGCGCUGCGCUUGCGCGAAGAAAACCGGCUUUAUGCCAGUUAUAUGAGCGUGCACGCGCAGCGCUGCGCCAACACCAUCGUGCGCCUCGAGGACCAGAACCGCAUGGACCUGGCACAGAUCCGGUGGCAACGAGCCGAGCUGGCGUCGCUUUACCAAGGGCGCGAGAACGGGGUUCGUGCACAGCUGCUGGAAACGAAGACGCGCGCGGAAAACAUGACACAGCAGGUGCUGGAGCUGCAGCCCUACAAGGAACUGCAGCUGGAGCAGCUGGCGCGAAUCCGGACCCUGGAGCGCGAGCUGCUGCACAUGCGCGUGGAGCACACGCAGCUCCUCCACCGGGUGAAGCGACGCUUCAUGGAUGACAAGGUUGCUUUUGAGCGCGAGGCACGCAUGCACGUGCACUCCCUGACGCGCCGCGCAGAGCGGGAGGCGGCGCGUGCCCUCAUUGCUCACACACAGGCCAUCAAGAUGGACAAUGGGCGUCUCCGACUUGAACUCCUGAGGCUUCUCCACCGGGCCCAGUUACUGCAGGACCUGAGACAACAGCUGCUAGAGCAGCGGGAGCAGCUGCGCAGGGAUCACGAGAACAUGCGGAACCUGCAGCGCGUGCACGGCUGGCUGCACAGGGGCCCCCGGGGGCCUCCACUCUGGCAUCCGUCCCAAACCCACCAACCUGACUUGCCUAUCGGGUCACCUGACUCCCCGUCCGAAUCAUCCCUUACAACUUUAAGUGCCCAGCCUACUGGCCAAUCACGUGUGGCCUCCCGCGCCCCGUCGGUGGCCCAGUCACACCGACCCUCCAACACUUCUUCCGUAAUGUCCUAUUCUUCUUCUCUGGUCCCGUCUCUGAGGACUGGGUCUGUGAUUGCUCCCGUGGGUCCAUCACAUCCGGGAUCCCGAGUCCCAUCACUGAGUCUCUCGCAACGGAGCUCGCAGAUCUCGUUUCUGGCCCAGUCAGGAAAGAACUCAAGGGUGGCAUCCAUGGCCGUAUCGUCCGCUUCUUCUGUCUUUCAGCCGCGAUCACGCGAGGACUCCAGGGUCUCUCCACAGCCCUCCUUUCGUGAAUCCUUUCAAGACACUGACACCUCUGCAAAGUCUGGCUCCAGGCCUCUCUCCAAUCUGUCCCAGGAUCGGGUUCCUCUCAGCCCACCAUUGGAAGAGACAGCAAACACCCAUGAUGACACAGAAGUUGUACUGGAGCAAACCUGAACCCGUGAUGGGAGGAGGCCA